ACAAUAAUCGACAUUUACUGAAAGAUAAAAUAGCAUCACUCAGAAGUUCGAACCUCAUUUCUUUCUUUCGUUGCCGUCGAAGAAGAAGGAACUGAACAAUGGCGGACGCAGCUCCAGCCGGUGGACGUGGUGGAUUCCGUGGUGGUUUUGGUGGUAGUGGGCGCGGUGGUAGCCGAGGAGGUACAAGAGGUCGCGGUAGAGGCCGUGGACGCGGACGUGGCCGUGGAAAGGAGGACCAAAAAGAAUGGGUACCAGUCACUAAGUUAGGACGUUUAGUGAAAGAUGGAAAAAUUCGAUCACUCGAAGAAAUCUACUUGUUUUCAUUACCCAUUAAGGAAUUUGAAAUCAUUGAUCAUUUUAUUGGGCCCGAUCUAAAUGAUGAGGUAUUGAAAAUAAUGCCAGUACAGAAACAAACUCGUGCUGGUCAACGUACUCGAUUCAAGGCUUUUGUUGCUAUUGGAGACAGUAAAGGUCAUAUCGGUUUGGGUGUGAAGUGCAGUAAAGAAGUUGCUACAGCUAUCAGAGGAGCUAUUAUUUUGGCUAAAUUAUCUGUAGUACCUGUCCGUAGAGGUUACUGGGGUAACAAGAUUGGUCAACCUCACACAGUACCUUGCAAGGUAACUGGUAAGUGUGGAUCUGUUACUGUGAGGUUAAUUCCAGCUCCCCGUGGUACUGGAAUCGUAUCUGCUCCUGUACCUAAAAAACUUCUUCAGAUGGCUGGUAUUGAGGAUUGUUAUACUUCAGCUAGAGGUUCAACUGGUACAUUGGGUAAUUUCGCUAAAGCUACUUAUGCAGCCAUAGCUAAAACAUAUGCUUACUUGACACCUGAUUUGUGGAAAGAUAUGCCUUUGGCUAAAACUCCUUAUCAAGAAUUUGCUGACUAUUUGUCAAAGAAUCAUCGCCCGGUUACUGGACCUUCACGUACGGAAAGUGCUUAAGAUUGCAUAAUUGUAAUCGUAAACAUCGUAUUUGGCAGCAGCACAGGUCUAAAGUAUAGAUAUAAGGAGUCUGAACGAUACUAACAAUUCAAAAUCUCCAUUUGACACUCGUAAAAUUUGUAAACAAACACCCGGCUGUCUUAUUUCGGAAAUCACCACUAUAUGUAAAAACAUUUGCCUCUGCCACCAUCGACGAGAAAGAGGUUCUUCCAUUAAAAUAUAAGCUGCUGUAAUGCAGGGCCGGCGACGGUUCAAAUCACCCAUUCUUCGACAAAACCUAACUGACUAAUGUUUCAUGCUGAAUAGCAAUUGUUUGUUGAAAUAAGAAAUGUUUGUUACAACUGCACUUUAAUCAACUUGUUUGUUCCAUGGAGGCGCACCUUUAUAUAUAGUUAAGCUGAUUAUAAAAAUAUAAUAUGUAAUUCUUCAUAUUUAACCAACUCUGUUAAAAUUAGUAAAUUUUGCUAUUAAAUAUAAUAAAAAAGAAUUCAUAAUUA